CGCUUCCAGUUGCUUGCUGAUUGUUCCGUAACAUAGUUGAUGCACUAUGAACAACCCAGUUCUACCGAUUCUCCUAGCAAUUGUGGCUCUUUCCACCAUUUGUAACGCAUACAGAAUUGGUCCGUCCAAUGCGGUACCGCCGAGGUCCCUGUCAUCGAGUUACUCCAAUGGAAAUCUACUGGAUUCUAUCCGGAACAUUGCCGGAAGCAUACGGUGGGAUCAAGUUCUGCAGGAUGCCUUCGAUCGAUUCGAAUCCAGAGAACCGGUGGCUCCGAUCAUAGUGAGACUUCCGGGCCCCAUUCCCAAGGGACAGCUGAGAGAAGUUGUUCGAAGGUUGGAAGCGCUGUUUAACGAUCUGUGGGGUCAGAGUACGUCUGAGAUCGAAGAUGUUGGACCUAGGGUGAACACAGAUGCACUUGUGAAGGGGAUCAAGGAAGUGAUGGAAAAAGAGAAGGAAGCAAAAGAAGAAGUGGUUUCUGAUAUGACAAAUGUAAAGAGUGUACUGAAGGAAGUGGAUGACGCAACUAAACAAAGUGAACUGCUCAAAGAAGUGGGUGACUACUUGAAUAAUAAGACAGAGGAAUCUUCACAAAAGAUGAAUGAUAGGGAGCAGUCUGUCAAACAACCACCACCGCUCGAAGAUGAACCAAUCGAGCAACCAGUGUCGUCUACGACGACCGAAGUUCCAGAUUCCAGAAGUGGCUCGAAUGUGGAUGAGAUGGAACCGCCUCCGAAUCCGAUUGCCGGCAUUAGUGCCAUUCUGAAGGAAGAGGCGAGAAAACUAACUGAAAAAGAGCCAGAGAAAUCGUCUGAGGAGCAACUGAAGGAACAGGUGCAGCAGCUGAAGGCGUCGCUGAAGGAUCUUGUUGGUGUCAUCGAUCAGAUCAUCGAAAGUGGUGCCGUGUCGAAGUCGUUGGUGGAUCAGGUGGAUGAGGUCAUUCCAGAGGCGUUGGUAGCUGCCGAUGAAAUCGCGUCACAAAUUGGUGCGAAGACGUAGUCAGUCGAUGAGGUGAGAAGGAGAUUACAGCGGGAGUCCAAGUGUAAGCUGUUCGAGAAAGAUGAACAAGUACAUUGAAAUUAACCAAACAUGA